AUGGCAGAAUCAUUUCCCUCGGUCAUUGCAACUAACAUUUUGACGGAGAUAGCCUUCCUUACUUCCCCACAAACACGCUUAUCUCGGGAUCUUCCAGACGAAAUAUCUGAGCUCAAAACAGCCUUGUUGGGAAUCAAAAAGAAGCUGUUGAAUGCCGAGGAACAGCAGUCGCAGUACCCCAAGCUGCAGAAAAGUCUUGCAGACCUUUCAGAUCUGUUGUAUGAUGCUGAGGAUGAGUUGGGUGAAUUCAGGUUUAAAGUGGCGAAAUCAAGGCCUGGCAAGAGCAAGGGAAUCAACUUCUCCUGGAGCUCCAACUCUCCUGAUCAUAAAAUAAAGGAGAUUACAAAAAAAUUACGUAAAUUGGCAGAUAAUAUUAAAAUGUCUGACGUUAGCAUUGUUUCUUCGAGCAAGAUGGUGAUAAACGACACCUUUCUUCGUACUUCCGAAGUUAUUGGAAGAGACGAUGAUAAGGAAAAAAUUAUCAAUAUUUUGAAGAAACAAGAUGAAAAUGUCUCUGUACUUGCUAUAGUUGGGGAUAGAGAUAUAGGAAAGACCACUCUAGCCAAACUGGUGUAUGGUGACAGAAGGAUAGAUGAACUCUUUCGUCUAAAAAUGUGGGUACGUGUACCGGCAGACUUUGAUGUGCCUGCAUUGAUCAAGGAAACUUGUACUGCUGCAACUGGUCAAAAUCAAGCUGGAUUAAUACCCGAGCAAAUACGAAAAAACCUUCUACAAGCAUUGGCUGGUAAGAAGUUUCUACUGGUCUUAGAUAAUGUGUUGGAUAUAAUAUUUAAUGAUAGAUGGAAAGAUUUCAAAAUUUUAUUGGCGGAGAAAUCGGCCAAGGGGAGUAAAAUUGUGAUUACUACCCGUAUGACUAAUGACCAGGUUUCAGAAAAGCUGGGUCCUCUUGUCAGUUGUGAUUUAGGAGGCCUUUCUGAAGAGGUUUCUUUGUCUUUUCUGAAAUUGGCAACAUUUAUAGAUAAAGCUGACAAAAAAAAUCUAGAUCUCAAUGAUAUCCGGAAGGAAAUUGUGACAAGAUCGGGUGGUGUUCCUUUGGUAGUGAAAAUUUUGGGAAUCCUUCUUUAUGGAAACACAAAGAAGGAUGAUUGGUUGCGAAUUAUGAAUGACAUAUGGGGGCAAAACCAAGAGAAAAAUAGCAUCGUAUCAGCUCUGAAAUUGAGUUAUGCUCGUUUACCAUCUCAUUUGCGAAGAUGUUUGGCAUAUUGUUCCUUAUUCCCCAAGGGGUAUUCUUUUAAUAGUGAUUAUCUAAUAUUUAAGAUAAAAGACAUUGUCCAUGAUGCUAUCUUGAAAGUGGCACAAAACGAGCUCCAGAUCGUAGAUCUCAAUCCGAAUUCUGUCAAAGGAGAUCCUCAACAUUUGUCAUUUCUUGGGUUUGGCAAAAAUAAUAAAGAAGUUUCAUUUACUUCAAAGAAAUUGCGGACCGUCAUCAUGCAAAGUACACUAUCUGAGGGUCUUAUUGUUACAUGGAUAUCGAAAUUUAAGUACCUCAGGUUGUUAUGCUUAAGUGAUCUCCAAUUUGAAAAGUUGCCAGAUUCUGUAGGUAAAUUGAAACAUCUCAGAUGUCUUGACAUAUCCCAGAAUUCAAGUUUGGUGGAACUCUCUGAAGCUGUUUGUAAACUUCUAAGUUUACAAACUCUAAUACUUGUUAGCUGUUCAAAGCUUCAGAAGUUACCUAGUAAUAUGCAAAGUCUGACCAGCCUCCGAACAUUGAUUUUGCGAGGUUGCGAUAGCUUGAGCUCGUUGUCAUGCAAUAUAACAGAUAUGAAGCUGGAGAAGCUGGUGAUACACAGCUGUCCCAUGUUGAAGAGACCGGAGAAGCUGGUGAUACGCAGUUAUCCCGUGCUUAAUGUGAAGAUGGACCAGACAAAGCGAAAUCUCCUACUUCAUCAUCAGGGAACAAUGAAUUGUCAGCUGUUUUCCGAGAGAUCAAAGUCUUCAGCAAAUGCAAGAAGUUUCGAUUCCGAUUCCUGCUAG